ACCGGCAUAUGAGCCGCUCCUCUUUUUUUCUGCACAUACUAAACCAGGCUGGACGUCCAGUGCAUGUUCAAAACAAAACCUCCAGAACACAGAACGCUUAAUAUACACAUCCAAUACUUGAAGAUUCAGAAAGUUUAAUGUCGGGCAUUAAUAGGCAGAUAAAUCAUAUGAUGGAGACGGAGAUCCACGUGCCUGUAGGCUCACCGACGAUAAGAAAAUUUCAGAUAUUCGUUGACGAGCACAAUGUGACGGAAGGGGCGAUGAAGCUGAUUAAAGAGCUCAGACCCGGCUGGGACCCGAACCUGAUCCGCACUAAGCUUUUCACAGAUGGCACCACUAACAAGCUGGUGGGCUGUUAUGUGGAGGAUUGCGUAGAGGACGUGGUUCUGGUCCGGGUGUACGGCAACAAGACAGAGCUGAUCGUGGACCGGGACAAUGAACUGAAGAGCUUUCAGGUUCUGCAUGCCAACGGUUGUGCGCCCAGACUUUACUGCACCUUCCAGAAUGGCAUCUGCUACGAGUUCAUGCAAGGACGCGCUCUGGAUACCCAAGACGUCAGGGACCCCGUGCUGCUCAGACUGAUCGCCCGUGAAAUGGCUCGCAUUCACGCCAUCCACGCACACAACGGAUGCAUCCCCAAACCCAACCUGUGGAUCAAAAUGCGCAAGUACUUCUCACUAGUGGCCACAGAGUUCACAGAGCAAGCCUCCAACAUCAGAAUUCAGCAAGAAGUGCCCAGCCAGGAAGUGCUGGAGCAGGAAAUGAUGUGGAUGAAGGAGCACCUGUCUCAGCUGGGCUCGCCUGUGGUGCUCUGUCACAAUGACCUGCUCUGCAAGAACAUCAUUCACAAUGCAAAAGAAGGUCAUGUUCGAUUUAUCGACUAUGAAUACUCAAGUUACAAUUACCAAGCAUUUGACAUUGGAAACCAUUUCAAUGAAUUUGCAGGAAUGAGUGAACCAGACUAUAACCUUUACCCCAGUAGAGAGAUGCAGCUGGACUGGUUGCAAACGUACCUGCAGGCCUACAAGCUCUUCACCAAGAAAGGUGAAGAUGUGAGCGAGCGUGAACUGGAGACGCUCUACGUACAAGUCAACAAGUUUGCUCUGGCCUCUCAUUUCUUCUGGGGUUUCUGGGCCCUGAUCCAAGCCAAGUACUCAACCAUCGAGUUUGACUUCCUCGGCUAUGCAGUGCUACGAUUCAAUCAGUACUUCAAGACCAAACCUGCAGUAAUGGCCCUGGAGAUUCCCAAAUGAUUCUUCAAGACUGAGAGGACAUCGCUGCUAUCGGUUGGCCUCAUCUUUGACCAUUUGACCACUGAUUCAGAGGCCUUUCCGGUCAGGGGAGGGAAUAGGGUACUGCAGGGGGGAGCACUAGCACCUCUUUUAAUUGGUUGGCAAAUUGUCUACCAAAUCAUAGCUCCACAAAUUCUUUAUUCCUUCUCAUUUCUCUUUGGGAUUUCACUCCUAGUUGAUCAAAAUUCCCAAGAAGUGAGUGCAUUUUUAUGUUUUAAAUACACUUUAUUUAUUAACUGUUAUGGGGCA